AUGCAGGGUUAUCAAAGGAAUUUCGAGGAGCAGCGCGACCAGAGGGAGGAGGAGACGAUUGUCGUCGACUUGGUACCACCACAGUACCAACUCAGCCCACCUCACAGUCCUACACCUGGAAAUAUCUCAAAGACAUCGGAGAAAGACACUUCGCCGACGCAUCAACAGCAACAGCAGCAACCGUUGGCCUCCAUGGACCCAAACAUCAGACGCUAUAGAACCGCUUUCACCCGGGAGCAACUGUCUCGAUUGGAAAAAGAGUUCCAUCGGGAAAACUAUGUCAGCCGUCCACGGAGAUGCGAGCUCGCUGCUCAACUGCACCUGCCGGAAUCGACGAUCAAGGUCUGGUUCCAGAACCGUCGCAUGAAGGACAAGCGGCAACGGAUGGCGAUGGCUUGGCCGUACGCGAUGUACACGGACCCAACCCUCGCGGCGACAUUGCUGGCCGCAGCGACCGCCACGCUGCCGCCUCCGCCUUACCACGGUGCCCCAGGUCUGCCACCCACUCACCUGGCACCCAGCUACCCGGCAGCCGCCGCGGCAGCUUACUACGCCGCCAGGUACACGCCGUACUCGGGUGGAGUGCCGACGAGCAGCGCGUCGUCGCUGCACCGGCCUCAUCCCCGCGCAGCGGCGGUGUACCCGAAUCACGCUCACCUUCUGCAGCCUCACCCCUCGCUGGCGCCGCUACACUUGCCCGGCUUGGGCGUUCCUACGGUCGCCAAUACCGCCUUCCCGGUAAACAACACCCCCACCACGGUCGCGACCAGCUACAGGCCGACCUUGCUGCCCGAGCUGAGUCCGGUGAACUCGGACGCUUCCAGCGACUGCGACUGCGUCGCCGCGCAACAGCCCCAUCUCGCAGUCCACCAUCAUAACGGGCAGCUCAUGCACGAGAAGACCUCGCCACCCCCGAUGCCGCCGACCACGCACCCCUCGGUGCAAAUCAAGCUCCCGACUGGGAUCAGCCUCGCCGGACUGCCGACCGGCAUGUCCACGAUCGGGGCUUUCGAGAGCAAGACCGCUUACUCGGGACUGGGCUCCACGACCAGCGUCGUCCAGGCCAACAAGAUGGAACCGCCGAAACUGUUCCAGCCUUACAAGAAUGACAUCUCCGAGAGGGCGUAA